UCUGUUAAUUGAUCGUAUUAUAAUCGUCAUGUUCAGGUUGUCGUUUUUAAUUGUUUCGCUUUGGGCUAUAUUAGCGAUUGGUCAGUAUUGUCUCUGUGAGAAUAAUGGUCAAGAUAAACGUUCUCGAAUACGAAUCACUCGUGAAGAAUUGGCUCUCCUUCAUAAAGAGGCCAUAAGGGAACAUGAACAUCACCUUAAUCUACUUCGAAAUCAGAAUUCUAAGAUUCGACCAUCAUCUUCUUCUUCUUCUCCAUCUUCUUCCGAACCACCGAUAACCAUGGAUUCAACUGAAUCGACAGAAUCGACAGAAUUUACUCCCACAGAAAAACUAUUGAUUCGGAAAAAGAGGAUCGCCGAUGAUUCUAAUCAGUAAAUCUACUUGAAACUCUCUCUCUACAUUUCCAUUAAAUGAACUCUGGUAGAUAAAUAAAAUUGUAAUUUCGAGAGAGAAAAAAAAAUCUAAUAAUAAUCAUUGGAAUUCUAAAUAAAAUAUAAUCUAUUGAUCUGUCGGAACAAUUAAUUUGAAAUUUCUUUU